UUCUCCUCUUCCCACGACCGCUUCCUCCCCUCUCUCUCUCCGCCUCUCCUACAAGCCGUGGGCGCUGUUCGCGGCGGCGGGGCCUCUCCCUCCCUCUCUGUCUCGCCUUCUCCCGCGCGCAACGGCUCAAAAACCCUCGCGACUCGGCCGGCGCGCGACUUGGAUCCUGCCCGGGGUGGCCGCUCCGCUCGCCUCUCCCCGUCGUCCAGCCCAGGAUUGUGAUACCGAUUUUCUCCCUUCUGUUAUUUGAAGUCGUUCCACUUGUAGAGAGCUCUGCUUUAUUCGGAUUAUUAGAUUUCACUUAGCCUGUAUGCCACAGCUGGAACUUCGCACCUAGAAAUUGAGGCUCAGUUCACAACUUCAUCAUACCCUUCCAUACAUAGAAAGUGGCGAGACAUGGAUCGUGAUGAUAUAGCUGGUUUCGUCAGUGGAGGUUGCUAGGGGUCCUGACUUUCUAAUCCAGUACAUGGUGGUAGAGUUAUGAUAUAUCCAGAAGGCAGACAAUUGGUUCUUUUCAUUUUCUAGAUGGUUUGGGUUUGAUGUUCCUCAAUUGGAAUGGACAAAACUACUUGAGGCCUUGAGUCUGGUAAUGGUAUCAGCUCCUUGAAGACUUACUGCCAUUGGAGCACAGCUCUAGAUACAGCUCUGCACAAAGAUAGUACACCAGAUUUCACAGCACAUUCCAGCUUUUCUAUUUCUAUGUCAAAAGCAUCAAAAAUGAAACAAGGUGUUAUGUCUGCAGCAGAAGGUACUGGAAACCCUUUACUUACUUUGGGUUUAGGAAGCUCACCAAGUUCAUCUGAUAGCAGCAAGCUAAGUUCUGGUACUGCUUGUGUAACAUCUUCAUCUUUGAUAAAGGAGAUGGAUGAGGAGUCAUCAGUAGAUCUUGGUCUUAACCUUGGGUUUUAUGUUGGCAAUGAUAUUGUGCCCUGCCAACAGAAAUCCCAUGUUGGUGUUAAAAUUAUGCCAUCAACAAACUCUCCUAAACUGGAUCUUCAGCUGAGUUUAUCUACUGGUUCGCCUGAAUCAGUUAUCAUUGAUGCAAACAUGAUGUCACCAGAUAGCUUGGACAUGCCAAUGACCAACUCGUCGCCAGCCAUUAUGGGAAAAGGAUCUGUACCACAUAAUUGGGUUUUUGAGCAUUCAAUUGUUUCAUCGUCAUAUGCUUCUGAAGCAGCAUAUGCCUUUCCAUUUCCAAAGAAAAUGGAUGAAGGCAAUGCCUCUGUGCCUUCUCCUGUCAUAUCAUCAACUAUGUUUACAAGUGUGAAAAGUACGGUUGCCUCUAUUUCUGAGACAACUAAUCCCCAACUGCGCAAUAGUAACACUAAAAACUGUCAGUUCCCAGGAUGUAUGAAAGGAGCAAGAGGGGCAUCAGGGCGUUGCAUAGCCCAUGGCGGUGGAAGGCGCUGCCAGAAACCUGGUUGCCAGAAAGGUGCUGAAGGGACGACAAUCUAUUGCAAGGCCCAUGGUGGAGGUAGGAGAUGCCAAUUUCUUGGGUGUACAAAGAGUGCUGAAGGGCGCACAGACCACUGCAUAGCUCAUGGUGGUGGUCGCCGUUGCAGUCAUGAAGGUUGCUCCCGAGCUGCUCGUGGAAAAUCUGGCUUGUGCAUCAAACAUGGUGGUGGAAAAAGGUGUCAGAAGGAGAACUGCACCAAAAGUGCAGAAGAUCAUUCUGGCCUCUGCAUCGCCCAUGGUGGUGGAAGGCGGUGCCAGUUUCCAGAUUGCACAAAGGGUGCUCAGGGAAGCACAAAGUUCUGCAAGGCGCAUGGUGGAGGAAAGCGCUGCACAUUCUUGGGAUGCACCAGAGGGGCUGAAGGUAGCACUGCAUUUUGCAAGGGCCAUGGCGGAGGCAAGCGAUGUGCAUUUCAGGGUGGCGGUAUUUGCCCAAAGAGUGUGCAUGGUGGCACUCAGUAUUGUGUUGCCCACGGUGGUGGGAAAAGGUGUGCUAGUUCUGGCUGCACUAAGAGUGCUAGAGGACGCACAGAGUACUGUGUGCGCCAUGGAGGUGGCAAGAGAUGCAAGUCUGACGGCUGCACCAAGAGUGCGCAGGGGAGCACCGAUUUCUGUAAGGCUCAUGGAGGCGGCAAACGCUGCUCAUGGGGCCAGGCGGACGUGAGCUUUGCUAUUGGCACACAGGAGUGUGAUAGGUUUGUUCGAAGCAAGACUGGUCUCUGCUCAGCUCACAGUGCUUUAGUCCAGGACCACUGUGUUCAUGGUGGUGGCACAUUAGGUCCUGCAAUCCAUCAGUUUGCGGCGGAUGUCAAACCGACUGAGAUGAAAGUUACUGCAGUUCAGGUAGAUCCACAUGAGAAGACAAUCCAUGGUGACCAAGCUUUGCUGGGUAUGGGUGGCUCAGUUCCAAAUGGUGUUCAUCCUUCUGUUCUGGCCCAGCCUAUGAUCUGUCCAGUGCCAGAAGGCAGAGUCCAUGGUGGCGGUCUGUUGGCUUUACUUUCGCAGGGCGGAAGCAGUACAAGCGCUGGUGGCUCAGUGUUUCAGGCAAGAUAUCGUGGAUGUGAGGGGAGGGUUCUCCAAGAAAUUGGUUCCCUGCAGUUUUGAUCGGUUCGAGAGUUGCUGUUGUGAUGGAUUAGUUAGCCUUUUGUGUUGCUCUUGCUCCGGUUUGAUAUGAUCUACCCCGGACGUGUACUAUGAAAAUAAGAGGGUAGGUCUUAGAGCAUUGGGUUGAACGGUGAAUGUAUUGUCUGUUAUUGUAAUUACUUAAUAUCGCUGAAGUGUCCAUGUUUGUCUUUCAGUUUAGCUACUUCAGCGUUCUUGUUUGGACUAGAUUUUUGCUCUCUGCAACUUGCUUCAGUGUGAAAUGCAAUGUGCAUGUUGCUGCUUA